AUGUCGGGUGCUUCUUCGAGCUCUGCCGCUCCCAACACCGAAGCCCAGUGGGAAGCAGUGAUCAUCGGCCUGGGUGUUGGAUUGGAAAACCCGAAACAACGCCUGGAGUCUCCCGUGAGAGAUGCACAACGACUGGCUGAAACAGUGAAGAAGUGUGGCCUUUGCAGCGAUCCAAUCCUUGUGACCGACGACGUGCGGUUACAAAGUAAAAGUGACAUUCAAAAUGCUCUCAGCCGUGCUGUGCAGAAGAUGAAGACAGGCUCAAAGCUGCUAGUCUACUUCGGAGGGCACGCUUAUGAUACGGGUCAUGAUGACUUUGGUAUACCAGUUACAUCACAUUGCACAGACUCAGACGAUGAUUUGGGUGUUCAUGAUUGUGAUGAUACUUCUAGUUUAAGAGAUGACUGUUUUGGUUUAACCGUUGUAUUGCCACAUGGCCUGCAGCAACCAAAAGAGCUGUUCCUCCUCGAAGACUUGGUCAUUAGAACAGUCGCCGGCAGCGAAUGUGGACCUUUGAAUGUCCUCAUCAUCAGUGCUGCAUGUAGGCUUGAAGUGACAGAAGAUAAGGAAGUUGCCUGGCACUAUCAGCCUGUGCGUGCAUGUUCUCCCCCGGACCCUUGUAACAACUUGUUUGUGCUUUGUCAUGCGUGCCAGCCAGACAUGAAGAUGGACGACACCUGCCUUUUCGCCGAAAGCCUAUGUUUCCUUUUGGGCUGCCGGUUUGCCCGCGUUGGUUAUUUACUUGAUAAUUUGUUUCAGGAAGCGAAGUUCGUCACACUCGGAGAGCUUGAGCCAGCAGAAGGCAAACUUCCUGCUCAUUCAAUUGAACCUCGCUUGAUGCGUCUCUUCACUGACACGCAAGGCAGCGUGAAUGAACCAAAUGAAUUUGGUUACAGUCUUGACCACUUGGAAGGGCUAUACCACGCACCUUUGUUCACACUGCACGUGCGCAGACUGGCCCAUGAUGCAAUCAGAGAGGAUGAAUGCCGCUACGCUGACGUAAGGCAUUGCCUCACUGGCGCGGAGGGAAGUCAGGAGACGCCGGAAAGAGAGAGGGAAUGGUUUCAAAGUAUGAAGAACCUGCCUGAAGCAUUUCUCGUAGAGGUGUUCGAGGCAUGCAAACGAUUUGAACAUCAUGAUGCGUUUGCUGUUCGAGAGAUGCUCGACGAGAUUGGAAGAUGCUACCAAGAUGGGACCCCAAGGGUGGGGAACAUGCUGAGGUUGGAGGAAGAGAUCAAACCAAUUUGGGAGCAAGAUCCCGAAGUGGACUUGACAUAUUGGUUUUGUUGUGAAAAGCUGGGUUUGUCAGGUGGUCAGGCCGACGAUUUGGCAACAUGUAUUUACAACGGUUGCCGAGCACUGAAAAUAGAACCUCACGUGUUGCUUGCCAAAGGAAGUGUGUGGGUAAUUUUGAUCGUUCACGAACGGCUUUCGCGGCAGCAGAGUGCCACCAUAGCAAAACUGUUUGAUCAGUUCAUCCAGGACAGGAAAAAAACAUCACUCUCUUGGAUGUUUGCAACGAGGCCACGGCGAUGGUCGCCUCUUCUAGUGCCACCAGGAUUGCGACAGGUUGUCCAGUUUGUGCGCUUCCUCGCUGAUGAACUCCCGCCAAUAUUGCUGUUGAACGUUCGUGGGGUCAGACCACUGGUGCUCAACUGGCUCAAGAGAACUGAACAGCAUCAGCAUUUGAAGGAAUGGCAGCUGCGAACAGUCUACCGGGGCAAGGACCUUGGUGAUGAUGAGUGGGUACAGGAGACUUAUAGCCUGCGAUAUUUAAUUUGCCAAGAUUGGACUCAGUGGGAUGACCCGGAACUGGUGAACGCUGUGAUGAAGACAGUGUUGCAACUACCUAAAAAGCGCAGAGGGUGUGAAUUUUUGGAGGGGCGUGUGGGUGCUGAGCUCGCAUAUCUUUACAAAGCGAUGAAUGCCACAAUGAAUGUACCACAAGUGGACACAAUACGCGAGCUGUUGCAGACUUCCACUCUUUCUCCACGAGCAUUGGUGAGGAGGUUGGUGACUGCGUUCUUGGAGCUGCAAACUGUGGAGCCAAAACAAGAACAGUUGAAAAUGCAGCCAGAAGACGUUCCAGAGGGGUUGAUAUUGCAGCCGCAAGACGAUUCAUGGAGAAAGGUGCUGUUUGGAGGAGAUGUCAGCCAUGAUUCCUCCGUUCUCCCGAUGGAGUUCAAUGCGACUUCCGCCCAAGCAGGAGCUUCGCGACCCCGUGGUUCAGAGGAGUUCCGCCCACCGAUUCCGAAGGGAUCCACCACGAUUGAACGAGAUGUGUGGCCUUCGUAUUUGCAUUUCACUUCGGUUAACAGGUAUUGGGAUUGGGGAAAACUACUUUUUUUUGUGCCCUCCGACCCGCAAGUUCUUUGCUCUCUGAGGGCGGCCAGCCGACAUUUCCGAGAACGUGUCGAAACUCGAUGGUGGAAUGCACAGGUGCAACUUGCGAAAAGCUUUGUCGAUCAACACGUUGCCGCAUUCUUUGGUCUAGAUGUUGGAGGGCACGAAGAAGAGCAAGAGGCAUUUGCGCGGCAGAUGUUGCUUUGGGUGAGGCCACUCCUGGUCAAUCAGCCGUGGAGGGCUGAAACAUCCGGACUUGCAGGGGUCACUGGAGAAGAUGUCACUCCACAGGCGGCAUACAUCAGUCUGAGGGGAGCAAUGAUCAACUUGAGUGAAAGACGGGCCAAGGUGCUCCGAGACGUUCUGCAACAAGCACGCUACAUUGAGGGCCAUCAUUUGAUGCACAGCCGCACCGCACACACAGUGGUUUCGCAGGCCGAUCGUCGUAUGUUAGAAGGGCCCAUGAGUUCAAUGAUUGCGAACCUCGAGACAAGCGAAGUGAGAUCCGAAGAUGCAAUAUCCACUUCAGUGGUCCACACAGAAAUGACCAGAGAGGGAGCUGCAGAGCAAGAGUUUAUGGUGCUGAUGAGCCGCCACGGCAUUCCUGAUCAACAAGCUUUGGAGCUGUUUGAGAGCAUGCAUGGGAUGGGGUUCUUAGCAGAUCGUUACUUUUCUGAAGAGGAGGACGUGGCAUCAAGCAACUCCUGGGUAGUCGUCUGA